CCUAAAGUUGAGACUUCUCAACAUUGAUAUAAUCCAUCAUGCCCGCGGGUUGACAGAGUAGAUGUUCACUUGUCACUACAAAUCUUGGGGUUCUUUCACCAAUCUAAACCGCAAGGAACCAGGCUCUAAUACUUCUAAAUCACGAUACGGCUUUCUCAUUCAUAAUUUUGUGAGAUCAGACUUACAGUUGAAUCGUACGAAAACACUUCCAACAUCUUCUCUACCAAUUUUAAUCCAAUCAUGCCUCUCAAUUCUGCGCAGUGUCUACGCCAAUUCAUCAGGGAAUUGGAGGAUGAAGGGGACUUGUUGAGGAUCACAGAAGAGGUUGAUCCUCAUCUUGAGAUCGGAGCAAUCACACGCAGGGUAUACGAACUUGAAGAAAAAGCACCUCUAUUCGAGAACAUCAAAGGACGAAAAGGCGAUGGACUGUUCCGUGUCUUUGGUGCACCAGUGGGAGCUAGUCGACUACCAGGAAAGAGGUUCAUCCGGCUGGCGAAAUCUAUGGGUCUAUCCGCUACAGCUACAGGACCAGAUAUUGUCGAGCAGGUGUGCAGAGUCAAGCAAAGAGCUCCCAUGCCACCACGCGAAGUGCCAACAGGGCCCGUGAAGGAGUUCAAGCUUUUUGGCGACGACAUUGACCUGACGUCUCUGCCAGUACCAUUUCUUCGCCAAAACGACGGAGGAAAGUUUAUACAGACAUAUGGCAUGUACGUCGUAAAGACCCCCGAUGGUUCUUGGGUCAAUUGGUCCAUCACUCGAAGCAUGAUUCACGAUAAGCGGUCUCUUGUGGGCCCUGUAAUUCCUAGACAGGAUAUUGGAGUCAUUCGCCAAAUGUGGACCGACCUUGGACAAGACAUGCCCUUCGCACUUUGCUUUGGAGUGCCGCCAGCGGCAAUCGCUGUUAGUGGAAUGCCACUCCCAAAAUGGACCAACGAAACCGGGUUCAUUGGAGCCAUGUUGGGGGAGCCUUUAGAUGUUACAAAGUGUGAGACGAACGAUCUACUGGUUCCUUUCAAUGCGGAGUUUGUUCUAGAAGGUGUAGUUUCGAGAACAGAAACUGCGCCUGAAGGGCCUAUGGCUGAGUACCCUGGGCUCGUCUUCCCCGAGCAGAAGAGGCAAUGCCCUAUCUUCAAAGUCAACGCCAUUACUUAUCGUCACGACCCUAUAUUGCCUGUGUGCGUCACCGGGCGCGCGGUAGAGGAGAGCGAGACCAUCUGGGCGGUCACACAAGCAGUUGAGGUCCUAGACAUUUGCCGGGCUGCCAAACUCCCCGUGAAGAUGGUUUGGUCUCCAUUCGAAUCACAUUGCCUUUGGUUCGUUGUGCAGGUCGAUCGUCGAGAAUUGGUCGCCUUGAAAACGAACAUUAAAGAGUUCACGGAACGUGUGGGGCGGGUCAUUUUCAGCUCCAAGCCAGGGUUUUACAUCCCGAAACUAUUCAUUGUAGGGGACGAUAUUGAUCCCACCAAUCUCAAUGAUGUGAUCUGGGCUGAGGCAACGAGAUGUCAGCCUUUCGCAAACGAAGUGUUCUUCGACGAAUAUCCAAAUAUUCCGCUGAUUCCAUACAUUAGCCAUGGGAUUCGGGCAUCUGAGAAUCACUAUAAGGUAGUCAAAUGCUGUAUGCUGACCUCUGAAUUCACGGACGAGGUAUUGCCUUGGAAGGUAGGAUCGUUUCGCGGUUCAUAUCCUGAAGACUUGCAGCAGAAGGUAGAGAAGAAUUGGACAAAGUAUGGAUUCGGGGAGGUAACUGAAUAAUUUCUGUUUUGAUUUCUUCUUCACGCAUGACCCAGUAUUAUUGGACAUUCUAGCUCAAAUAAAAUCUAAGUGCAUACAUGUUCGGAACCUAUUUCGAAGAAAACAAUAACGUAGACAACAUAAGUCUGCAUAUACGAAUUAACAUCUCCUCUCUCCUGAAAUAUGUAUAGACAACAACAUUGCAGAGUCCACACGGUUUGACGCUGAAGACUGAACUGAACAGGGAGGGCUACAGUGUCUCGG